CGGAUGUUCCCGGUUUCAGGAAGUCAGUCAUAUGACAACAAACGCGGAGAGCAGCAGAUAAAGAGCAGCAGAUAAAGAGCAGCAGAUAAAGAGCUUUUCACCUUUAAUCUUCUCUAAAUCACUCAAAAUAAAGCCUCAGAGAACACAUGGACAGUGAAGGUUUCCUCUCAGAGGUCAUCAGGUCAGGGAUUUAUGAGAGUUGUAGCUGCAGUAAUGUGUGUGCUGUCUCUGUGGAGAGCUAAUCAGCGCUGGUGUUUCAGACAGGAGCAUGGAGAAUGAUGAACUUUCGUCAGAGGAUGGGAUGGAUCGGAGUGGCCGCGUACUUGCUGGUUAGCAUCGCGGGCGUUUAUUACAUGUUCGAGAUCAAUCAGACCUACAACCGGCUCACGCUGGAGAAGACCGGCGGUACACGCCCACCACCACAGCGCGCCGCAGACUCCGCCUCCUCUCCGUCCUCCCCGUCCUCCUGGAUGCAAAGCGUGAAGUCGCGGCUCCUCCUCCUGCCCUUCUGGCUGUGGGCGGUCCUCUUCCUCGUCCCGUACCUGCAGGUCUUCCUCUUCCUCUACUCCUGCACCAGAGCCGACCCCAAGACCGUGGGGUACUGUAUCCUGCCCGUCUGCCUCGCCCUGCUCUGUAACAGACACGCCUCCUUCACCAAGGCGUCCAAUCAGAUCAGCAGGCUGCAGCUGAUUGACACCUGAUUUGGGCGGGGCUUCCACGCGGUUUAUUCACCGGAGCAGAAACAUUUCAGAUGAGGCGAGGCGAGGCGAGGCUUUCUACAGUUUCUACUCAGCUCUCAUGACUUCCUGCUAAAUCACUCCAGACUGCUUUAGACCUUUCUUCUCUUUUUAAAUCAAUCACUGCUUUAAACUCCUGAUGAUGAUGAUGAUGAUGAUGAUGAUGGUGAUGAUGAACCAGCAACUCCAUUAUGAUUAUUAUUUUUAUUUACCAGUUUGGACCUAAUGCACAAAAUAAAAACAAUAAUAAAUAAAUGAUUUAAUAAUAAUAAUAAUAAUAAUAAUAAUAAUAGUAAUAUCUAUUUUUUAUAAACUUGUUCCAGUCUCUCUGUGAUUAGUUACAUCUGUUCGUUUGACUUUAAGUCUUUAUAUAUUCCUUAAGUUGUUUAUUUUUUUGUUUAUUGACUGGUUUGUUUAACAAGAGAAAGAAAUUUGGAAAUAAUAUAAAUAUAUAAAAAAGAAUGCAGACAUAAAGGGGUUAAUAAAAAAAUUGAUAAAAUGCAGUUUAAUUCAAAUUAGUGAGAAAUUUAUGAAUAAAGAAUUUAAAAUAAAUAAAUAUUAUAAAUAAAUGUUCAAAUUAAUAAGGAUAAAUACAAAAAAUCAUUUAUUAAAACAUAUUUCUAUUUUCUAAUUUAAGAAUUGAAAGCUGUACACUUUUUUCAGAUCUUUUUAAAUUAAUUUAUUUGCAUUUUUGUUCUGUAAUUUGUUUUUUUUUACGCAUUUUUCCUUUCUUUCCUGUAGAAAGUGAAAUUUAUUUUCUGCUGUUUGUUGUUGUUGUUGUUGUUUAUCUGAGCAGCUGGAGGGAUGUGGGGUUUGUUUAAGCUUUAAGAAUUUAAAAUUCUACUCCAAUGAUUGUCAAAAUUCAUUCACUUUUACAACUAGAAAUAAGAGUUUGAUUAAAAAAAACAAAAAAAAAACAUUGCCCAAUUUUUUUUCUUUUGAAUAAAAAAACGCUUGUGUUCUGGA